GGAGGAGCAGCCUAGUAAGGUUGUUUAUACACACCCACUCCUUGGCUCAGUUUGACAGCAGAACUACAGGGAGACUCUAGACAGUCAGGCUGUGAGUGUGCAAGGGAGAGGGGUGUGCUCACACUGAGUUGACCUCCGAAUGGAACCCCGGCUGGUGACACUGCUGCUGAUUCAGGCAGUUUGGAAUGGUGUUUUUGGGAAGACCCAUUCUUUGCACAAAAGAGGACUCCUUGAAUUAGCUGGAGCCAUAAAAUGUGGCACAAGCCGAUUUCCUUUGAUGUACCUAGGUUAUGGAUGCUACUGUGGCCCAGGAGGAAGAGGAUGGCCUAGGGAUGAAACAGACUGGUGUUGCCAUGAUCAUGACUGCUGUUACGGCUUUGCACAGGAGCAAGGCUGUAAUCCCAUAAUACGCAGAUAUAAAUGGACCUGUAAGGACAAUGCUGUGGUAUGUGACACAAUGUUAGAUCGAUGUCAACAAAUAAUCUGCCAGUGUGACAGAGAAGCGGCCAAAUGUUGGAGAUCUGCAUAUUUUAACCGACACUACGUCUUGUGGCCAAAUUUUCUGUGUGGCCAUAUAUAUCCUGUAUGUGCAUAUAGGAGUAAUAGACUAUGCAUGAAGAGAUUUUAAAAUAAUAAUAAGAAACUUUUCCAAUUUUGCUUAACUUUAGACACUUUAACAAUUUGUACAGCAUUCAACUAGCCGAAUGAAGAUAGCUGCUUUCAAAUUGCUGGUGUAGCUUCUCAGCACCUGAUGUUACAAAUCAAACAAUGAGCCUUUCCCAUUGUUGACUGCACAGAAGUCAUGGGCUCAGAAAAUGGACACUACCAAAGUGAUUUUGAAAAUUUGGGGCACCCAAUCAGUUCCCAUAACUGCAGUGCAUUUUUUAUAUUUGGUCCAUUUAAAAAGCCCAUAUAUAAAUAUGUAGUUUUGGCAAAAUGUGUA